AGUUGCCUCAAUGUCUACUCAAUCAAAGAACAAGAGUCUGUUGAAUUCCACAAUGGCUGGCGCCGGCGCUGGUGCAGUGGAAGUGCUUAUUAUGCAACCAACAGACGUCAUUAAAACGAGAUUUCAGUCUCUCCGAGCAGCUUCAUUAUAUAACCAAGGCAUCUGGAGAGCGUUUACAAAGGUGGUAAAAGACGAGGGAUUUCUUGCUUUGUAUCGAGGUACUGUUCCAGUACUUUGUAUCGUUGGCCCUCGAGUAUCGUUACAAUAUAUGGGUCUUGCAAUGUACAAGCCUAUAUUUGAAAAACUCGAAGGAAAGGUCAUUCCAUCUCAUAGUUCGGCAGGACUUGCAGGGGUUUGCACUGGCAUUACACAAGCUGUUACUCUUGUGACACCAUUGGAGGCUAUUAAAGUCCGCCAACAAACUGACUUGCUGAAUGCGGCACAUGAGAGAAAAUACCAUGGAAUUGUGCAAACAGCGAGAACAAUGAUUAAAAACGAAGGAUUUCUGUCCUUGUACAAUGGUCUUAUACCCACUGUGGUUCGUCAAUCUUGGGGUCUACUUGUCAAGUUCUCUGGCUACAUAGAAAUUAAGGCCAUUUUUGAAGCCACGGCCAAUGAUCCUUCUCAACCACUAGCACCAUGGAAACACAUGGUUAGUGGUGGUCUAGCCAACGUGUUGGUUGCCGUCCUCAACUCUCCCCCAGAUGUUGUUAAAACUAGAAUGCAAGACGAAGGAAGCACCCAUCGUAAUACCUGGCAAUGUAUAAAAUCAAUGGCUCGAGAAGAGGGUUUCAGAUCGUUCUUCAGAGGUUCUUGGCUACGAGUCAUUAGAGUUGCUCCAGGAGGCGCGAUACAAUUUGCAAUGUACGAACAGCUUUCUCACUGGUUAGAAAAUAGAGAUUAGAGCGACAUCAUGUAAUGUAAUGCAAUAUAUUGUAUAACGCAAAACCAACAAUCCAGACGUUGGAAUAUAAAAAAGCCGCUAAAGCAGCAGUUUUGACGUGGGUAAUUUAUGUAAAAGAACCAGCAUCAUUUUGUUUAGAAUACCUAGCAUUUUUUGUUCUAAUUUUUUUUUUUGGUCUUAUACAACGAAACUAAGAGGAUCAUAGUGAUCGUCAGUUCUUCCAUGCAAUUUCUAUUCGGGGCUAGAUCAUUCUUGGCAACUUGAAUGUCACACAUUUUCGCAUGAUCGGCUCGAAACAAAG